UGAGUUGCUCCCUUUUGCUUCACACAAAACUUUGCUCACAAUGGCUCUAGAAAAUUGUGCCCACAGAGCCCAGCAGCGGAAAUGCCUGGUGAUCGUGACUACAGUAAUACCGCUUCUUAUCAUCGUUGUGCUAACUACCACCUUGCUUAUCCCCAAGAAGGAAAAGACAGAAUUGCCAAAGUGGCAGGGCAGAGGAACCACAGAAAACUUACAAGAAAUCAUCCUGGGAAGGUGCUUCAACUUCAUCAGAACGGUAAACCCGGCCCAACUAAGAGAUACAGACUGUACGAAGAUUUGGGAUACAUUUAAAAAUGCAUUUAUUCAGAAGAACCCAUGCGAAAUCACAGUAAAUGAUUAUCAGCCAUUAAUGGAGUUAGCAGCUCAUCCUGCUAACAAGGUACCAUGUAACAAGACACUUCUCUGGAGUAAGAGUUAUGAGCUUGCUCAUCGGUUCGCAAGAGCCCAGAGUGACCUCUUCACCCUGGAGGAUACCUUCCUUGGCUACAUUGCUGAUGGUAUCUCAUGGUGUGGGAAUUCUGAGAGCUCAGAAGUGAACUACCAGUCUUGUCCACACUGGGACGAAUGUGCCAAUAGCCCAGAGUCGGUAUACUGGAAAACAGCAUCUAAAAUGUUUGCAGAAGCAGCCUGUGGUGUGGUUCACGUAAUGCUCAAUGGAUCCCUAGGUAAAGACGCCUUUAGAAACGACAGCGUUUUUGGAAGUGUUGAAGUUUUUCAUUUGGAUCCAGAGAAAGUUCACUCGGUGCAAAUUUGGGUGAUGCAUAACAUCGGGGGACCUUCCAGUGAUUCCUGCAAAGGUUCUUCGAUAAAUAACUUGAAAUCCAUUUUGGAAAGGAGAAACAUCAAGUCCUUCUGUGAGGACAACUACAGACCUGUUCAGUUCAUUCAGUGUGCAGAAAAUCCUGAUCAUAGAGACUGCAGGUUCUGUGAAAGGCAUCCAGUGAGCGAGAACCAUUACUGAUCUUCCAAGUUUUCCAGUCAACUUCAAAGCUUCCACAGCUUUGAAUGACACGUCUAUCUAUACCAGAGCACGUGCCUAAAGAGAAGAAACCGGUAAUGACAUGUUCAGAAUUUCAAAGAGUUGCCUAGUCUUUCUCAAAUAUAGUGUUCUGUUACCUUCACAUUUUAAAAAUGUUUUAGACUAAUUGUUAGAUCAAAUCCAAUGUAGUUACACCGAAUAAUAUAUUCACUUUGAUUUCACUUUUUCUUCUUGCUGGUGUAUGUUAGAAACAGAGACUUAUCAAGUUACUUUUGGCAAGCUUAGAAAGCUUGCUUUAAAAACCUGCUUAUGUAUUUCUCAAGGAGUCAAAUAAAUAAAAAAUGAGUUG